GUCCGGUUUUGUUGAACUUGUGGCCACUGCACCCUACACUAGACUCUCUCUGCUCCUGCUUCCUCUCUUCCUCCCUUCCUUCAGACCGAGCUCGCCCUUUGUUUGCCGGCUGUUCUUCCUGGCAUACAUAUUAUUCUUUGAUCCGGAACCUUGGAAUUUCACCCUUCACCGUUCGGGCCGGCCACCAUCAUCACUUCCAACUACCUGUUAAUAUUAUCAUUCCAACAAAAACACCCUACCUCCUCUACAGGAGCGAAUCCCGACGAAGCACAUCCUGUACUUAUAGACAGCCAACCAACGCAACAAUGGCGGCCCAAGUUGAUCGUAUAAUGGCCCAACACUCGGCAAACAGCAUACCCGAAGAGCCUCAACUGCCCUCCAUGGCCCCGUCCCUCACAUACUCGGAGUCCUCCGAACACUCCGAAAGCGAGGAACCCCGCCAAUCUGACGACAUGGAGCAGCCGCGCCGCCGCCGCGCAUCCACUGUCCUUAUUGUCAAGUCUCCGGCUGACAUCCAACGCAUCACGGGCGAGACCACAACCCAAUUGGUCCAGAGGUGUUGCGGUGGUGGUUGCUGCCUCACUUCCGAUGGCAAGAGGGUCAAGAAGCAGGGCAUCGAGUAUGAGCGGGUCAAGUUUCCCGACAACGACGCAUACCGCGCUCUCAACCUCAAGAUCGAAGAAGUUCCGACUGUCCUAAACAACAUACUCGACCUUCCCGAACAGACUGCCUUUCUGCAGCCCCUUCGCCGUCCGUCCAAUGUGCCGUCUCCUACAGAGUCCACUGCGGCUCUCAACACAGAUGGUAACACGACAUCCGCCACAACCGAUCUCGAAAAGUCUGUACAAAAGCUGGCUUUGGAGGACCUUGAUACCAAGAUACAGCCACCCUCCUUUGUCCAACCUCACCCGCCUCACCAUGUCUUCCCCGCCCGCAUUCACACCGCUCGUGAGUUGACAGGCCAAGGCGCCGAGAAGCGUACAUUUCACUUCGACAUCGAUGUCACAAACUACCCGGAGGAUGAGGGCGUCGAUUUCAAGGUCGGCGGAGCCAUCGGUGUCUCGGCUCCCAACGAAGAGUCCAUGGUAGAGGAGCUGCUCGACCUUCUCCUCGUUCCCCGCUUCCUCCGCGACAAGCCCGUUCUCCUAAGGACAACCAAGGGCAGAUGGCCCACCGUAUGGGGUGAAGAUCAGGCCCGUGAGCUUGUCACGACACGGAGAGACCUCCUGACAUGGUGCUCUGACAUCCAGUCCUACCCGCCCACAAAACAGCUUCUCCGUAUUCUAGCCGAGUUUGCGACCAAUGAGGACGAGCGCAAGAUUCUGUUCUUCCUCUGCUCGGCGGAAGGCCAGGGAGUCUUCUGUGACUUCCGCACCGGCCCGCACAUCACCGUUGCCCAGCUCCUCCAUGCCUUCCCCAGCGCCAGGCCGCCUCUCGAUUUGCUCCUCUCGGUUCUACAGCCUCUGAUGCCCCGCUUCUACUCCUUGUCUAACGACCCGCACGAGUCCUUCUUGAGACGCGAUGGCAAGCAACAUCGACUGAUCGAGAUUGCUGUCACCGUCCAUACUUCUUCCGACUGGAGGACAGGCUCGCGCAACGGAGUCGGUUCUGGUUUCUUCCAGCGCCAAGCCCUCAAGUAUAUUGAGGCACAAGAAAGAGGCGAGAAGGACAUUGAGGUUUACAUCCCCAUGUUCAAGGGUUUGAUGGCCAACCCUCUUGCCAAGCAGUUCGUCUCUGACGGCCCCAUGCUACUUAUCGGUGCUGGUGUCGGCAUUGCUCCUUUUAGAGGUUUCGUCCAGCGCCGCCUCAAGACCGCCAACUGCGCCAACAAGGUCUGGGUCCUCCAGGGUUGCCGUGACUCGCUAGUCGAUGAGCUGUACAGCGGCGAGUGGGGUGUGCAUGAGGAUGAGGUCAAGCGUGUGGUGGAAAGCCGUCGUGGUCAGGGGCGUUAUGUCCAGGAAGAGGUCAAGGCCCAGGCGGACUUGGUCUGGUAUAUCAUCAACUCAGUCGACGGUAGGGUGUUCGUCUGCGGUAGCUCCAAGGGCAUGGGCGAAGGCGUCGAGCAGGCGCUGAUCGAGGUCGCGAUGGAGAAGGGCAACCUCGAGCACGAUGAAGCAAAGCAAUUUUGGGAACUGAAGAGGGAGGUUGGACAAUACAUUGCCGAGACGUGGUGAUCGGUUUCACUGUUUUACGACGAUAACAUCCUUUUGGGCCUUUGAAUGUUGCGACACACUUUGUCGUAUUGGACCCUGGGAAGAGAAGGAAAAUACAUCGCAGGGGCCUCGCAGGCCAAAUGAACAAGCAUACAUAUCAAAGGAAGGCAAGGGCAGGCGGGGUAGACUAGAAACGGCGUUCAAGGGUGAAGCCAUAAAACAACACCAGCAUUUUCCGGCGUGCAUGGGCGGGUUUUUGUCAAAGUAUUGCUUUUUCAGUUUUUUUUUUUUU